UAAGUUGUUCACGCCAACUAUAUGCCAAAUUACAAUAGGACAAACGGCCAGCUACGUGCACGGCUACGUGGCUUUGGAACCAAGGUGAUAAGAAGAUCGUGUAUUCCUGUGAAGUAUUGAUGUAGACUGCAAGAACGUGCCAUUUUUUGGAUGAGAAGAAGGCAGGAAUCUGAUAUUUUGAGAGAUUAAAGCACAGAAGCAUCAACUUUCAUCAAAACAGCUGAAGCAGAAAUGUCAAAAGUCAAGCGAACUCCUCCAAAACCACCGGCACCAGAGAAACCAUCCGCGCUGGAAUAUGCCGUCGGAAAAUACAUGCGCGAGCAUGUGCCGCGCAAGAAGACCAAGUUCCUGCACCAUCCGGUGGAGUACUUCACGGCGUCGCGAGCUGUGGACGUGCUGCUCGACUCACCGUGGGCCACCGACUCGGAGAGGCAGCCGGCGCUGUUCACCGACCGCCAGUCGGUGGUCGACUUCCUGGACGGAAUGCUGCGACGCAAGUUCUUCCACCGCGCCAAGAAGGUGGCCAUCAGCGACCGCGACCUGCGCCGCAAGCAGCUGAAGAAGCUUAAGAAGCUGGAAGAGGAGGAGAAGCGUCGCACGGCGCCGCGCGGCGACUCUGAGUCGGAGCGGGACGACCGGCGCACAGCCGAGGAGCGCAGCGCAGCAGAGGAUACGGCCGCCGAGCGGAGCGCAGUCGAGGGAGAGGCCUCGCCGAAAGCCUCCGGGAAGGACGGAGAUGACGGCAAGCCGAAGCGGCGUAUCAAGCUGGACAUGCACCUGGAGCAGCUGUUUGUGGACGGUACCGACGCCUACGUGUGGAUCUACGACCCGAUUCCGACCUAUUACUGGCUGCUCGGCUCCCUGAUCGUCGCGGCCAUCGUGGCUGUCUGCCUGUUCCCGCUGUGGCCCAGCAAAAUGAGGGAGUACGUGUACUACCUGUCACUGGCCGCUGCCGGCUUCCUGGUGGUGAUACUGGUGCUGGCCGUGGUGCGUGUGGUGGUGUUUUGUCUGCUCUGGCUGGUCACCUGGGGCCGUCACCAGCUGUGGCUGCUGCCCAACCUCACAGAGGACGUCGGGUUCUUCGCCUCGUUCUGGCCCCUCUAUCAGGGCCCCUCGAGCGAGCCCAACUACUUCGUCAUCGAGUCCAUCCCGCCGCUCAAGUCCGACUCGGGGCCACCGGCAGAGUCAGCGUCUGCCGUCACUGUGACUCAACUGACCAGACGUGAGCAGGCGCGCGAGGUGUACCUAGACGCCUACAAGAAGAGGGUCCUGUUCUUUUUGAACAUGCACUGCGUGCCGUCCGGCCCUCCGGACACGGCCAGCGACAGCUUGAGCCCCGAGUCCAUCCAGCUGCUGCGCAAGCUGAUGGAGAACCAGACGGUUUCGGAUAACGAAGACCUGCUGAAGCGCGCCCAGAGCUUCUACCCUACAUGCGAGUUUCCGGAGGAUGUCAGCUACCAGUUCCGCCAGCACCAGAACUCGAUGAACAUCUACUUCAACCUAUCCAGCUUCCUGCUGACCCAGUCGGAGAACGUCACGAUCGACAUGGCGGAGCUGCGCCUGUACAGAGUGGCGCACCAGUCGGACUGGGAGCUCGGCCGGCGACUGAACCAGGUGGACUCUGUCCGCGUGUCCGUCUACGCACGCUCCGCCGCCAUGCCUGACGACGAGCGGCUGGUGGAUUCGUUCCUGAUCCCGCGCUACUCGCAACAGGAGGCCGUCACCCUGAACGUCAGCUCGGCCUUCUGGACGGCCGACCACCUGAACCUGAUGCUGCGCGUCACCGUCGAGGAUGUGUUUGGAUCCACGCUGCGCGCCGACUCGUUCUUCGAACAAAUGGACUGCAGUGUGGUGAACGAGAGCCCGCUGCCCCAGCCGCUGGUUCGCCUGCUGGGCGAGCACAACAUCCAGGUGAAGCCUCGCAACCUGUACCCUGUGCUGGACCUGAGCACAGAGGAGGCCGCAGACUCCCCGCCCGUCGGCGCCUUCAUCCCCUCCAUCGAGCCGUGCCCCGAGCCGGCGGACCUGAUCGCCCACAACGGCUUCGGCGACGGCCUGGAGAUGCUGCGCCGUCGCCAGCGCCGCCGCCAGCGUCACAACCGCCGGCCGCACAACCGACGUCACUCGAGCCGACGCGGAAUGCGGUACAGAGGGCAGCACUGAGCAGCCGCCAGGCGGCGCCGGCGGCGGCUGAGUACAAAGUAGCGUGACUGCGUCGGCGGAGCACCGAUCAAGCCAAAGUUGUGUGUGGUUGCCUGUACACGGGUAAGGUCACACUCGUGCCGCGUGGGUCACGUGGUGAUGGCGGUCACCGCAGCUGACCGCAGCCGGCCGGUGUGCCACCUGC